GGAGGCAUGACAGAAAACAUGGCGGCGUCCAGGAGCAACGUGGAUGAAAUUCGUGAUCGAGUAAUAUUGGGUGAAUUUGGCGUUAAAAAUGUCCAUACUACAGAUUUUCCUGGAAAUUAUCCUGGUUACGAUGACACAUGGGACCUGGAAAAAUUUAAAGAGAAUUUCAAGAUUAAUAUUAUACAUUCCGAUGAAACCACGUUGGAAUUUGAUAUGAUUGGAACAGAUGCUGCAAUUGCAAACGCUUUUCGGCGUAUUUUACUUGCUGAGGUCCCAACAAUGGCAAUUGAAAAAGCGUUCAUUUACAACAACACAUCCAUUAUUCAGGAUGAGAUUUUGGCCCAAAGACUUGGUCUUGUGCCCAUUAAAGCAGAUCCUCGUCUUUUUGAAUACAGGAAUCCAGAGGAUCAAGAAGGUACAGAAAUUGACACAAUUCAGCUUCAGCUGAAGGUAAAAUGCUCCCGGAAUCCUAGAGCACCUAAAGAUUCAUCGGAUCCCAAGGAAUUAUAUCUUAAUCACAUGGUGUACUCCGGUGACAUUAAAUGGAUCCCAGUUGGAAACCAGGCCGAUGUGUUUGCAGAUGCCAAGAUUGGCCCUGUGCAUGAUGACAUUCUCCUGGCACAGCUCCGACCAGGACAGGAACUUGAUAUAGUCAUGCACUGUGUCAAAGGAAUAGGAAAAGAUCAUGCAAAGUUUUCUCCAGUGGCCACUGCAAGUUACAGACUUCUUCCUGAAAUCACAUUAUUAGAAACCAUUGAGGGGGAAAAGGCAGAGAGGUUAAAGCGCUGCUUCUCACCUGGAGUUAUUGAACUCGUCAAUGUUAAUGGAAAGCAAGUGGCAAAGGUUGUUAACAGUCGUUUGGACACAUGCAGCAGAGAAGUUCUCAGACACGAGGACUUGAAGAACGCGGUGAAACUCGGAAGAGUGCGGGAUCAUUUCAUAUUCUCAGUGGAGUCAACAGGGAUUCUGCCUCCUGAAGUCCUGGUUAGUGAGGCCAUUAAUGUCCUCAUUGCAAAGUGCCAUAAGUUUCUUGCAGCACUUGAUGCAACAGACACGGAGUAGAAAGAGGAAAAUAAGGCCAGUCACACUCUGAACAGGACUACAUAUCUAUGGAAUUAAAUUGUGGGAUUGGUUUCCUUAAAUUGUACAUAGCUUUUAUUCCAAAACUUUGACUGAAAAUUUUCCUUUAAGUAUGAAUUCAUAUCAAUUUCAUCACCACAUGCUAAUCAUCAAUUGAACGUUAGCGGUGGCUAACACCCCUGCACAAACAGUUCUGAAAUCAUCCUUUAGACUGAAAAGUCUUUUUCGAAAAAUGUUUAAUUUCUAAUCAAAAACUUAUUCCUGAAUGAACCCAAGUUUAUUUUUAGUCAAUUUUGACUACAACAAAUAAUGCUGUUAAUCUCAUAUUUGACCAGAUGUUUGGUGACACGUUUGUUUUUCUAUGUGCAUUAAAAUCUUUGUUAUUGACAAAAUAACAAACUUGUCUAUGAAGUCUUGUCAGAGGUUUGCCCUUUUUGGCUUUUAUUCCUGCUUGUUGUCAGGAUACAAAGUUUUAUUUGUCAUUCGUAAAACAGUCAUAACUGUCAACAAAUUCUUACAGUGAACAGUCAUCAUCAUUGACAUGGAUCGUUAUUAUUUCUUUCCUUUUUUUGAACUUCUGUUUUCAUAGCCUCCACUAGCAGGAAGGGCAAAGAGUGUUGUUUUUCCUGCCAGCUCUUCUGUUUAUCAAUGAUAUCAAAUGCUCCAUCUUGGAGACAAUGUUGACUGAGGCGAUAAAUUCUUUCUUCUAAAAUGUACUUAGAUUAAUUAGCUGUAUACCCCAUGAUGCUGUUUAAGCAUCUAGUUUUGCAAGCAG